AGAAGAGCUGUUCUCUAAGUCUGUGAUGCUUUCUGGUACAGGUGAGACCUGGAAAGGGCUGAAAUUCAGGGCUGCAGCUCGGUGAGGAGGCAGAGAGCCACCAAGUGUGACUUCUAGCUUACUCUGACCCAGCUGAUCACAUGAUCAUGUGGGGACUUUGCACCGGAGUUUACAGGAAGAGUCCUGCCGGCUGGGGCCUUGGUGGGAGCAGGGGGCCUGCUCACUUCAUUUGCUCGGCUGCUGGUAGUCAGUGUGCACUGCUCUGCCCACCCCGCCCCUGGCAGGACCCUGACGAGUCAUACAGCACCCAGGGGAAGCACAGCCAGGGGAAGAGAGGGGUGCCUGCGGCCCUGUGGGAUGGUGGUCUGUAGCACUCUUCUAAAGUGAACAGGCCAUGGCGCAGGCUGCUGGGCUGCCACAGGCCAGCACUGCUUCUGGCCAGCCCUACGUGAGCAAGCUGGUUCUGCUUGGAAGCAGUUCUGUGGGCAAGACCAGCCUGGCCCUCCGGUACAUGAAGCAGGACUUCAGCAAUGUCUUGCCGACUGUGGGGUGUGCCUUCUUCACAAAGGUGCUGGACUUGGGCUCCUCAUCUCUGAAGCUUGAGAUCUGGGACACAGCCGGCCAGGAGAAGUACCAAAGCGUCUGCCACCUCUACUUCAGGGGUGCCAAUGCUGCGCUCCUGGUUUAUGACAUCACUCGGAAGGAUUCCUUUCACAAGGCCCAGCAGUGGCUGGAAGACCUGGAGAAGGAAUUCCAGCCAGGAGAGGUGGUGGUGAUGCUGGUCGGCAACAAAACGGAUCUGGGCGAGGAGCGGGAAGUGACCUUCCAGGAAGGAAAAGAGUUUGCAGAGAGCAAAAGCUUGCUGUUCAUGGAAACCUCCGCCAAGCUGAACUACCAGGUGUCUGAGAUCUUCAACACUGUUGCUCAGGAGCUUCUGCAGAGAGCAGGAGACACGGGGAGCAGCCGCCCACAGGAAGGUGAGGCUGUGGCUCUGAACCAGGAACCUCCCAUCAGGCAGCGCCAGUGCUGUGCACGAUAGCCGCUGCCACUGCAGGAGAGCUGGCGGAGGACACAUCUCAGCCUGUGCUUCAGAGGGUCCCCAGCCCAAGCUACUACGUCUUUGUGGCAAAUCUGCCGGGGCUGCCUCUUUGUCCAUUCAUGUUCUGUGUCGGAGAUGGCUUAUGCUUGAGCCCUGGAGGCUUCCAGGCGUUGGUUUUCUCUGUAAUCACUGCUUGCCAAAGCUGAUGAGAACUGUCUCAGGGAAGAUCCAGUGUCAAAUGGCUCCCAGAAGACUGUCAGCCCUACCUUACCUGAUACCCAGAUACUUGGAUGCCCUGAGCCAAGUGUGCCUGCUCCUCCUGGGCUGUCCCUUUCAGCUUCCUUGUGACCAGCACAGAGAGCUAAAUGAAGCAGAGAAGCAGCAUGGACUGGGAAAAGCCUUUGAUCCGUGGGAUGGGAGGACAGAUGCUUCCUCCUGGGGCAGCAUCCAUAACUGGACCACUUUCGUUCUGGGAACUGUCAGGGGGAGAGAAGGGGCAUCAAUGCAAGGAAAAAUGCAGAGAUGAGCCCAAGAGAAAAACGAGCCCAAGGUGCUAAGUCUCAGUGAGGUGACGCAGGAGAGACAGAGUCUGAAAGGGUGGCUGGGAUGGAAGUGUCCCCCUUCCAGCGGUGGAUGGACAGAGCCAGGUUUCUACCUAGUGAUCUGAGGACUCUAAAACCCCUGUCCCGAGAUGAACACCGUGUUGUCUCAUGUCCUUCUCUCCAAAUAUUAAACGUCUUGACAAUCCGAA